AUGACCGCUUACGUGAACUUGAAGCUUGCCGCCUGUGGCUCUGCUCCCGUUGAAUCGUCCUCUAAGGAAGAAGGGUUCCUGAGGCUUGUAGAACCCAUUUUGAAAGCGUAUCAAGAGCAGCAGCACGUACUCAUCAACCAAGGGAGGUCCUUGUGCCCAGCCGAUCAGCGUAUUCAAGACUGGCUGGAUGACUUCCUGUCUGACGUAGGUGGCUCGCCAAGACUGCCUGUCAGACAGCUUAAACUGGAUCGCCAUGGCUUGACUCGUAUUCUCUCAUUGCCAAAGGGGGAGGAUAUCUACCAGAACGAGUACAUCACUUCAUACAGACUUGCACAAGGAGUUGUUCACAAUCCCAAGAGCGACAAGCGAACGACCAAAGGUGUUUUCCAUGUUGUCGAGGGUGGACUCCCUAUUUCGGGUGACAAAAAGGCCGUACCAAAGAAAACUUUCAAGGCCAUUCUAGAAAGUGCUUUGAGGCCUCCUGAGGAACUCAUGGUGGUCCCGUAUACAGCCAAUCAACCAAACAAGACGAAGAUCUUUGCCUCAUUGCUACUCCGUCCUCUUGCCUGCCCCGAGGUACAAGGCUUCAUUGAAGAGAAAUCUCACGAGGUGCGCUUCAUUGUUCCAGCAAGUAUGGUUGCCAACCUCGAUUUCGUGGAGUCAAUUUUCGGCAAUGGAGACAACCCUGAUCUUGCUGAGAACGACGCGGCAUUGGAUCCUGAGCACUGGACUGGCACAACAGGUUUGGUUGUGCUCGUGCCACAUCUCACAAAGUUGAAAGCCAAAGAUGUUCAUCUCCCGCAUAAAUCACAGGCUACACCGCGACAAAUUCAGGAUGGUAUGUUCUGGGAGAAAGAGGAUGAUCUCUACAAUGGAGGAAAUGCUUUCAAGUUGACUGCUCGUGAUGCACGAGGAGUUGUCGUUACGCUGAUUGCCGACAACUACUUCGGUUACUGCAAGAAAGAAGUCAAGACACAGUUAGGAUACGCUGCGAAUUUGUACGGCCAGUUGGAAGAAGAACACUCUGGUCAGGAAUCUUUGGGCAAUGCAGCGUACCUCGGCGAGACGCACAAGUAUUUGAUUGAAACUGCAACCAAGAGGACCUUCCAAGACGUAACCAAGCUGUUGAAGGAUGCUGUCGAAGUUCAGCCCGAAGGAUAUGCCAUCGACAAGGAUUACCCCGAUAUCUACUACAUUCCAGAGAAUGCUAUUUUCAGCAUGAUCAAGCAAAGCAUCACAUGGACUUCCAAUGGAAAGGAGCAGACUAUCAAUUUGAAGCCAAGGACCACCUACGUUCUUCCGAGCGGAUACAAAGUUGAGAUGGUGAAGAAGGGAUCUCAAAACGUUGUGAAGGGAAAGAGAGGUGGAAAAUCAGGACCCUACGAAAAAUGGCACCUAAGGGGAACAACUGCUGAAGGAGCAAACCUUCACAAACCUGCAACAGUUUCUGGCGGAGGAAAGUCAGAGAUCAGCAAGAGAUUGGAAGACAUGAUUAAAUAUGGUCCUGUAUUCACAAAUCAUGUGUCUGAGGACUUCGAUGCUCUCCAAUCGAUUUUCAGCAAGGACUACUCUGCUAUCAUGAAGCCUGGCAAUGAAAAAUUGCACCCUUUUGAUCACAUUGGUGUUGCUCCAAGUGCCAUCAAGACCCUUCUGGACCCUCGUGUGUCUCUUGGAACCAUCAUCAAACUCUUGUCAUAUUCUCCUCACUACACCGCAGAGCAUUUGGAGUUCAUCAACGGAAUUCCAUCGUAUCUCAGAGAGCUUCUUCAAGUUGUGAAACAGAACUACAAAGCCGAAUGGGGUUCCAAUUGGCGAGUACAUUUCAAUGCAGAUGCUGUCAAUGGCGAGCUUGGCCACGAGGUCAAGUACAAAGGCGAUCCACUACUUUCUGCAGUCAUCCGUGUUGGCUUCCGUUCUAAUGUUGCCUGGAAGACGUUUACUUUGAGGCAGGACUUCUUUCCAUGUGAAAAGCUGCAGACAGAAGACGACAUCACCGCAUCUGUUGUCGUUCCUUCCUCAUCUCUAAAGGGCAUGAACUUCAGGCUGAAGAAGCCCUCCUACAAGUUUUCACAGAACUGCGAAUUCCGCUUGUUUCAGAGGCCAGAUGAAGCCAUUCACAGAGGUUAUGAUAAAAUCACGGAGCUAGAUAUGUCCAAGCCUGGAAACUUCAUUUCCAACUUUGAGCCGCUUGACAAGGCAGCUGUACAGAAGAUUGUCGAUGAAACCAUUGGAUUCGAGAAAUUCACAGAGCCCAUGCAGGAUAGACUUCUGUCCUUCCUCGAUUCCUCUUCCUCGUAUGUUGUAUCUUCUGCCCAUCCUCGUAUUGUGGAUGGAAAACCAACCAAGAAUCCCAGAUAUUUGCAAGAUUCUAUGGAGAUCACGGAUCAGCGCGCAUUCCACCUCUGCAGCGUGGCCACCAGGUUGGCCAGAGGAAUUCCGAUGGGAGAGGCGGUCCAUACUCCUGUGAACUCUGUCCUCUGCGGACGUCGAAAUAAUCCCCCUGAGGGCUCAAUUCCAGCGCUCGCCGUUCACAAUCCCAUCCACUACUAUGAGUUGCCAGAGUUGUUCAUGGAGCUCGCUUCGUCCAUGACUGGAAAGUCGCCUUCCACCACAGGAGCUGGAUCUGAGGGAGCUUUGACCAAGGGCCCCUUCAACAUGCUCAACCAGAUUCAUGACCUCAAUGCUGCAUUAUUGGCAUAUGCUUUGACUGAAACUCACGUUUUCAUUUCCUCUGCUGGAGUGAUUGGUCCCCAGAAGCAGGUUGACCAUGACAUCUCGCUCUUGGUUCCAGAGGUUUGGAGUCGCAUGAGGGAAGAGGAGCGUGACGCUAAUUGGCUCAUCAAGAAUGGGUAUCUUGAGAAGAUCCCUGACAUGAACCUCAAUGGUGAGAAGGUUCCGUCCUCGGUCUUGGGUUAUCGUAUCACCAAGUCGUUUGUCCAGCAGUUCUUUGGCCGUGUGUUUGCUGAUCCAGCCUCUGUCUUCAGUGAGGACAUGUUGAAGCCAGAAUUGCAGGAUGAGAAAAUCUAUGCGGAUGGUAUCAGAACCAUCACUGUCACGAACAAGCGCGUUGCUGAGAUGUACUUGGCUGACGGUGGUGUCGACAUGGCAGUGCCCCCUCUCAAGGCGCUUUUGCACAUCAUGGCUAAGGGCGAGUACGAAGGAAUGACCCUGGAGAGCCCUGAGUUCAGAAAGCUCUUCACCAGAGAGUCCAUCUUGUCCUCGCCUUGGUACCAGGAGAGGAUCAAGUGCUUCCAGCAACGUGAAGCCGAGAGACUGCAGAGGGGCAUCCAGUAUCUCGAGAACUUCGUGGCUGGACCAUCCAACAGCAAGGAGGACGACUGGAAGGGCAAGCAGAUCUGCGAUGAGCUGAAGCUCAACGAGAGGAUCGAGCACGUCAAGGCCCAGCUCGCGUAUGUACAGUCGGCCGAGUAUCUCAAGAAGCUCGAAGGAACCAUCGGAGUGGACCCAGCGCUCUUUGACACUGCUCGGGGAUCCAACUUCGACCGUAAGCUUCCUAUUGCUGGCUCGCACUAGGCACAUGGCAGACUUUAAUCUUUCAUCGCUAGUAAAGAAUGGUUCAAGAUG